CCCACAAUUCAUUGCUGGAAACUGUGGGUUUGUUUAGACCACUGUAACAUGUCAGAAAUAUUUGCUACGGAUUUUGUGCUAUUCCUCUACACGUAAAUGUGUUCCGGACCAAAAAAUGGAGUCCAGAAUCAAGGAAAGCCCAGAAUCUGUUUUUGAGGUAUAUAUGGAGGUUGUCAGUCCAGGCACACAAAGCACAGGUCCUGAAAUCCAAAGGAAAUUCCCAGAAGACUUCCAAGAUGAGGAAACUAUUAAGACCGUGCCAAAGUUCUGCUUUCCACUUUCUUUGGAUAGUGUCACAGUCAACCAAACGGAUCAGCAUUUCACAUUUGUACUGACGGACAUCAACAGUAAACACAAAUUUGGAUUUUGUCGCCUGUCCUCAAGUUCACACACCUGCUACUGCAUUGUUAGCUACCUGCCCUGGUUUGAUGUGUAUUAUAAACUGCUAAAUAUCAUUGCAGAUUACACUGUUAUUGGCCAGGAAGCUAUUUUACAAGACCUCCUGGUGUCUUUACACAGCCUUUCCAUUCCUGAGCCUGGUGUUCCUGUUCAAAUUGCAAGGCAUUUCUACUUCACUGUACCUGACCUAAAAGAGCUCCCCAGAAUCCCAGAAAAUAGGAACCUUACAGAGUACUUUGUAGCAGUAGACGUCAAUAACAUGCUACAACUCUACGCUAGUAUGCUUCAUGAACGUCGGAUCCUCAUCUGCUGUAGCACGCUAAGCACUUUAACAGCUUGUGUCCAUGGGUCUGCUGCCAUGUUAUAUCCAAUGCACUGGCAACAUGUUUACAUUCCAGUCCUGCCUCAGCACCUAUUAGACUACUGCUGUGCUCCAAUGCCCUAUCUUAUCGGAGUCCAUUCCAGCCUAAUGGGGAAAAUUCAAGGACUGGCUAUCGAGGAUGUAGUGAUUUUGAAUGUGGACAACAACACACUUGAAACUCCUUAUAAUGACCUUCAAAGCCUACCCCAUGAUGUGGUUUCAUCUUUAAAAAAUCGUCUGAAGAAGUUUUCAACUACCCCAGGCGAUGGUGUGGCCCGUGCCUUCCUCAAGAGUCAGGCCGCUCUGUUCGGCAGCUACCGAAAUGCUCUUCAAAUUGAGUUGGGUGAACCAAUAACAUUCAAUGAAGACACUUUUGUAAAUCAUCGAUUGAGUGCCAUGAGAGAAUUCCUUCAGAGUGCCAUUCACCUUCAACUGUUCAAACAGUUCAUUGAUGGCCGUUUGGAACUAUUAAACUCUGGAGAAGGUUUCAGUGACAUUUUUGAGGAGGAGAUCAGCAAAGGCGAUUAUGCAGGAAGUGACAAAUCCUAUCACCAGUGGCUAAUCACUGUGAAGAAAGGAAGCGGAGCUAUUUUGAACACAGUGAAGACCAAGGCAAACCCAGCCAUGAAGACUGCUUACAAAUUUGCUAAAGACCAUGCCAAAAUGGGUAUUAAGGAAGUAAAGAGCCGACUAAAGCAUAAGGAAAAUACAGAUAACGGACCAGGAAUUGUUGACGAGGGCAAUGAUUUUGUUGUAAAGAGAUUUGAGAGCGAGGGGACACAGCAAACAUUGGAUGAACACAGAAUGAAUAGGCUAUUUGGACUGUCACCUAUGCUGUUGAAGAAAACAAAUAGUAAUGAGAGUCUGGAAAGUCCUCAAGACCAGUCACAGAGAUACUACUCACUGAGGGAGGUUGAGUGGAUAGAAGAUCACGAUUCUAAUUUGGGUCUCGAAUGUCGCCGCCCGUUUCAAAAGAACCUCGCCAAUGCCAGCAAACUAGCACAUUUCUUCAGCCGCCUGGACGAGCAUGAUGGCCAACCUCUUCCUUUGGCUAAAAGUCUUGAGGACCUGAAGAGUCUGAAAGACUAUGAAAAGCUUCAAAGCAAGUUCACUUGUGAGCGAAUGGACCUUAGUUUCAGUGAACACUCACAAAUACCUUUGAGCCUGAAGCUCCCCAACACUUACAACAAGCUGUUGGAUAUAGAACCAGAUCAAUCAGAAGUUUCCUUUUGGGACCACCCAACCUGCAAGAAAACUCAAUCAGCUCAACUUCUCACACAGAAAAAUGAUCACAACAGUCACAGUACAGGUCUUGAACCACCAGACUCGUCCGCUCCUGACAAUAUUACCAUACCUCGUCCUCACGGAAGGAAGAGCGCUGAACUUGGAACUGUGUUAGCUCCACUUUCCGGCCAAUCUCAAUCAAAACCGUCUAAUGGGGAAAGGACAAAAACAGGAGGUCAUGGAUUUCAGACCUCAGACGCGUUCAACCUUGCAGAGGAUCACGAUCACGUGGAUUUGAUAAGCCUUCUGGACCCCCUAAAUAAAUCCUCACAGAUAAGUUCCGCAUCAACGGGGGAAGAAAUGAAUAUUGGAGUGUUUACAUCAUCUUGUGAAUCAACAAUCCCUCCUCGGGCUUACCCAAUGAGCCAACCUCCCUUUCAGCCGCAUCAUCACAUAUCACCUUCUGUCUUUACUCAGCCUGUCCAGAAUUCCCUCACCCAAAUGCAGUAUUUGUCAAGUCCGAGGAGUACACCUUUUAGUGCAGUGUAUGAACAACCAAGUGGUUCCUAUCUCCACAAUCCAACCAAGUCACAUCCUCACCCUGCGCUCUCAGAAGUCUCUAAACAACACUUGAUUAACAGUCCAACGCUUCUUCCCAGUUACCGAAUGGGUAAGCCUUACCCAUAUAUCCAGCAGACUCACUUAUCAACCAGCAAUAAUACGCUUUCAGGACUUUCAGACUCAGUCCUGGUCCCAAGUACUGCUCCCAACUCACUCGCAAGACAACUUCAAGAUGGCAACCAGAAACCUCAGGAUCCUUUUGGUGACCUUCUGACGAUGAUUCAACCAACUAUACCUCUUCAAAAGAGCACGGAUCAGCCUCAGAAGGGGUGGGAAACAUUUGAGUAAAACCUUUUCAUAGACUUCCUCACUGACAUCGCCAAAUGUUUUCAUUCUUGCAUGAAAAACCUCAUCGGAGGAACUGGAAAUGUACAUCAUGUUGUAUUAAGAAUGUGUGCAUUCGGUCUUUACAGAAAACCUGAACUGUGAUUAAAUAUAAUGUUUAUAGGAAACGUCACAUGACAAAUGACUAAGACUGAAAAAUGAAUAAAACCUCACAUUCACUGACCCUAUAUAUCAUGAAAUCUUUCUUGACCUCAAUGCUGGCCCACACAAUAGACCCUACUCACGUGAUGUCACAGCCACGCCCCCGCGCCAUGUUGUCCGUAUACUCGUCAUGUUAAUGCAUUAGCGCUUCGUAAAUUCCUCCUAUUAUGGCGUGUUUUUCUGCUCGUUAACAUUAAUAAUCAAAAUGGUGAAGUCGUGUGUGGCGGUCGGUUGCAAAAACAGAGAAGAUAGACGGAGAGACUUGAAGUUUUACCGUAUUCCGAGAGACCCGAAGAGGAGACCGAGCUUGACUGCUGCAAUUCGACGAGAAAACUGGGCUCCAAACGACUACCACAGAUUAUGUAGUAGUCAUUUUAUAUCUGGUAAGAUGCAUUUAAUAUAUAUUUAGAGGGUUUUGGGCUGACAACCACAAUUAAGAUAAUUGCUAGGCUAAUCGCCGACAACAUACACUCAGACGUUGUGAAUGAACUACCUGAAAAUAUAUAAUUAUAAGGGGAUAAUCAGACAGUUGUCAUACAAUUAAUUUACAAUUUCACUAUUGAGGUCAAAAGCCAAAAAAUAAAUUCAACUAGGGACAAUCUGGAGUAGUGCUAUCGCACUACAUAUUUAUUACAUAUUAUAUAUGUAUGUAGUGAGAGUGCUAUCGCUAAACCAUAUAAACAUUAAAAGCCCUAGCUCCAUUGACAAAUGACAUGAAAUACAUUAGACUUGACAGUGGAUCUUAGCAAGAACAAAAGAUUUUGAAUUGAAAAUUUCGUAACUCACCUUCCGAGCACAAGAUUCUUGCCGAAUUUUCGUGUACGUUGUUUCACCCAACCAGCAACGUAGCAUUUAUAAGCCUCCAAGCUCUUAAAGUUUUUCAAACUUUCGUGAGAAUAGGCUGAUUUUGUGUGGACAAGAUAGUUGUAAAUAUCAGGAUAGCAGAUGUCAGGCAAAGACUGCGAAGCCGGCGGGUCGAAAAACAUCGAUUUAGGCAUCAAAUACGGAUCUGACGAAUGGAUAAACUGAAGCUUUUCCACGUAACGCCUUUUAUGCAACGCAUCCAAUGAGUUUACAGCGUCAGAUAACACCGGGGCUUCCAUGAAUUGCUCUAUAACUUGCUCGACUAAUUGAAAACAAUGAGAAUAGGUCUAAAAAAUAGGUACAAUAUGGCGGCCGGAAACAGCGACACGCCCAUUUUGUGACGUAGGUGAGUAGGGUCUAUAGGUGAGCUAGGAGAUUGCCCAGGAUGCCAUCUAGUGGAGCUAGUGCCAAAUUGGUUGUUGGAGGCAGUCUUUCAGGUCCUUCGCGUGUUCGUUUUCCAUUCAGGUGAGACGGCUAGACUAGAUUGUUAAAUGAAGACUGGAGGCAAGUGAUCAAUAGUGCGCGGUUUUAAUUUCAGAAAUUUCUUGGUGCAUUUACUAGAGAUGCCGAUCGAUCGGGUCCGAUCACGUCAUUUUCAAAGUAUCGGAAUCGGCAAAAAAAUAUCGGCCAUGCCUUUUUAAAAAAUUUUUUUAAAUUAAAUCGUUUCCUAAUUGUAUUUAACGUUACAGACAUAAUAUGUUGCAUUCAUCCAGAGUCUUUAGUUUAGGUUUAAGGUAGGGUUAUCAAAUUUAUCCCGAUAACAGCGGUAAUCAAUUUUUUAAAAAUGUAUCACGUUAAAUAUUUAACGCAAUUAAUGCAUGCUUUGCACGACCCACUCACGCUUUGUCGUGCUCAAUCUGUAAUGGCGCCAUUUAACCUAUUUAGAGAGAUAAAAGGCAGCAUAAAAUGAGUGGAGUGAAUUUUGGCAGCUUUUGGAGCCAUUUUUUAAUAGGCUAAAGCCUUACAAUCCCCCUUCCUACAAAUAGAAAUAUCAUUGUUUUUUUUUUUUUUAACACCUUAUGUUACUUCCCAACGCAGAGAAGAUAUGUCAAUUGAUAGCACUACACACAGUAAUGGUUCCACUUCCCAUCAUGCAUUUGGGUUGAAUGGCUGCAGUAUCAUUUACUGAAAGCUCAACAAAUACACUAGAUGGCAGUAUUUAGUCACAAUAUACAAAGUCACAAGUCUUUCAAUCCGUGGUUCCCUCUCACAGAAAGAAUGUUAAUAAUGUAAAUGCCAUCUUGAGGAUUUAUUGUCAUAAUAAACAAAUACAGUACUUAGGUACUGUAUGUUGAAUGUAUAUAUUCGUCCGAGUUUUAUUCAUUUUUUUCUUAAUGCAUUGCCAAAAUGUAUAUGAUCGGGAAAAAUUAUCGGGAAUGAUUGGGAGCCAUAAAAAGCAAUCGGAUCGGGAAAUAUCGGGAUCGGCAGAUACUCAAACUAAAAUGAUCGGGAUCAAAUCGGGAACAAAAAAACAUGAUCGGAACAACCCUAGCAUUUACCGUAAUUCCCCGAAUAUAAGGCGCACCUGUGUAUAAUGCGCACCCCAAAUUUACUUGUAAAAUCUAGGGGAAAUUAUUGUACCCGUUUAUAACGCGCACCCUAAUUUUAGCACCAAAAACUAGAAGAAUACAAGAAAACAGCUCGUGUACAGAUACAGAAAUGUCAUUUUACUGACUGGUG